GAAAACGUAACACUCACAAAAUUCGAUAUUCGGCCAAACGAGAAUCAUCCUUUCUAAAUAAAUAAAUUUCCGGCGAGUUUUGUAUUUUCAAUGUCUAUUUUUUGUUGUAUUUUUGUUUUGUUUUGUUUUAUAUGAUUAAAAUUGAAACGUUCGGUAGCUAAAAGCCAAGUCUAAGGCGCUCGUUUAUACCAUUCGCUUUGUGUUUCAAUUAAAUUGUGCUUGGAAAUUGUAAUUAAAUAUUACGGCUCUCUUUUAGCCAUGGGAUCCCAGCAGCAGCACAAAGACUUAAUUGUCGCUGAGUUUAUUGCUAGUCUGGAUCCCGCACGGCGCCGACAGAUGGGCCGACGCGGCUCACCGGACUUCGAUGUGUGUCUGAACGUAAUGAUGAACCGGCCGCGGACUGCCACCCGAUUCACCCUGCCAUCGCAGCUGCACAUACGCCAGCCGAUUGGCAUUCCGGCCCCAAACCACUUUGCCCAGCAGCUGCGCAACCAGGGCGGCGGCGACUGGCCUGGCCUCAAUCUGGACAACGUGGUGCCGGCUGUGCCGCGCCAUCAGAUGAUUGCCCGCAUUGGAGGCGGCGAUGCCGAGCUGGUGCCCGCCCCAGCCCUGGGCCAGGGACAGGGACAGGUACUGGUCCACGGACAGGUCCACGGACAGUUCCACGGACAGGGCCAUGGUGGCGGCUAUCAGUUGGACAACAAUGAACUAGCUCCGCAUGCUGGCGGCUUCUGGCUGCGCCAUCGUGCUGCCAUGAAUUUGAAUAUCGCUCAUCGCGGCCUCAGGGGCGUCGCGGGCCGCGGUAUUGGUGGCCGAGGACAGGGCCGUGUCGCCCACAGACGAUAUCAGCCGGGAGAUGGCACAAAUGGCGGCGGAGCUGCUGCUGCUGUUCCCGCUGCCGUUGCCGUUGCCGCUGCCGUUGCUGCUGCUGCUGCUGCUGGUGGCGAUGGCCCUGGAGUUGGCCAAAUUGUCGCACAGGGCGAGGACGCACAGGCACAGCUGCGCGAGCAGGUCGGUGCGGGCGAUGGUCCCGCCAUGCAGCAGCCAGCCGCCCACGCAGCCAUGGACCUGGCUGGUCAGGGUCGCGGGGACAUUGUGCUCCCAGCCAGGCGUCGACCCCGGCAUCGUCACAUUUUCAACAUUGUGGGACACUUUCUGCGCGACAUCAAUCGCCGUCGCCUGAUCUUUGAUCACGCCCGUGCCCAGAUCCUGCAGGCGGCCGACGUCGUUGCACAGCAACAGGAAGCCAACGGCGAGCCGGCCCCAAUGGCGGCCGAAGCGCAAGAGCAGCAGGAGCCCAUCGUUGAUGGAGCACACCAGGCACCAGCUGUGGCCGCUGACGACGAAAACGCACAGCCCCAUCCCCAUCCCCAUGGAUUCAACGUGAACGAAUAUCAGCCCGAAAUGGAAGACGAUUUCGAUGCGAGCUUUGUUGAGGCUGACGAGGAUUUCUGGGCAGCCGGGGAACUCGAAGCGGACGACGACAACGCAGAGGAGCCCGAAGCCGAAGCCAACGAAAUUGUAGAGUCGGAGGACGCCCAGCAGCAGGCCACGGGAAUGGCAGGAGCAGGAGCAGCGCCAGCGCCAGUGCCAGCGCCAGUUGCGGAUCCAGCAGUGCCCCUGGAUCGUCUGCAUGAUUUAUUCGCACAGAUACAGGAGUGUUUGGCGACCAUUGUGCAGCAGGUGGACAGCUACAAGAAGAUCCUGCAGCCAGAGGAGCAGCAGCAUGGCGACGGCGAUGGCGAUGACGAUGGCGAGGGCCACGGCGAUGGCGGCGGCGAUGCCGUCUAGCC